AUGGAAAACGCCGCACACAUCGUCGCCCCUUGUGGAAAUCACACGCAAACAAUCAUACUACUCCAUGGUCGCGACAGUAUUGCAUCGGAAUUCGCAGAAGAAUUCUUAGAGAGUCAGGCGUCAGAUGAUCGUACCUUACCAGAAAUAUUUCCCACAACAAGAUGGGUUUUCCCGACUUCCAAGAUUCGGAAUUCGGCACGCUUUGGAGCUCCAAUGUCUCAAUGGUUUGAUAUGUGGUCGGUGGAAAAUCACUUGGAAAAGAACGAGAUUCAAAUUGAUGGGUUAAGAGAAAGUGUUAAGGAGAUUCUUGACCUUAUUCGGACUGAGGCUGUAUUGAUCUCACCUGACCGAAUUAUCCUCGGCGGGAUUAGUCAAGGAUGCGCUACUGCAAUACAUACUUUGCUGUACGGUGGAAUACGGCUCGGCGGGUUCAUUGGACUCAGCAGUUGGCUUCCAUUCGAGCCAGAAAUCACCACAACUAUGGCGGACAACAUGGCAUGGAGUAUAGAUGGCUCCACUUUUGUGCUCGAGACCCCGGUCUUCCUGUCACACUCCCGGGACGACGAUAUUAUUCCUAUCGCCAAUGGAAAGAAGUUAUCUACAACAUUGGAAAAACUCGAGAUGGUGGUUUCGUGGAAACAGUACGAAGAUGGAGGACACUGGGUCAAUGAACCUCAAGGAGUGGAUGACAUUGUAUCAUUCAUUCAUUCAUGUCGUCGAGUCCAACUAGAUGAGGAAGUGAUAUGA